AGUUGAGAAGAAUAACGGUGGGAACACUGAUUUCCCCAUUUCUUUGUAUAUGGCUGGUAAGUGUUUAGGGUACUUCAACAACAACAAGAAGACGACGAAUGCGUUGAGCGAUUCGGAGAGUUUCACCCAGGAGGUGACCGUCUCCGAGACUAGUACCACUACUAUUACCACCAGCAAUACUUCUAAGCCAAAUUCUGACUUCAAGACUGUUCCCGAAGCACGAGGGGGGAAGUGCAGUAAUCUAAGGUCUGUAUUUAAUCUCAUUCUGACAGCAAUUGGCAUCGGCGUUAUUAUGCUACCGACGACAUUCGCCAACUGCGGCUGGUUUGGUGGUCUCCUUAUCUUGUUCGUGGUUGCUGUUAUCUCUAACCAUAUGGUUGGGAAAAUUUAUAUUGCCUACACUAGCCAUCCCCAAGGAGAGGCUAUCAAUACUUACGAGCAGUUGGGAUAUGUUUGCUUCGGUCCGGCAGGAGCCAUUGCUACUGCCGGAAUAGUGCAUAUUACUAUGACUGGUUGCUGUUCUACCUUAUUGUUGUUAUUGGGAGAAAAUACUCAGAAGUUGAUCCCAAUGGCUGGGUUAUCGAGUAAAGUAUGGUGUUGUAUUUGGGCGGCUAUAUGUUGGCCUCUUACGUGGCUUAAGUCACUGAAUGAAGUCUCAUACGUUUCCGCCUUCGGUAUGGCUGCACUCAUUGUUCUCUUUAUCCUCAUUGUGGUCAACGGGAUCACUAACGGCAUCACCACUGAGGAGGAGAACUCCUAUGAUUGGUGGAUAUGGAAUCCGCUUGAGUUCGGUGUUUCCUUCGGCAACGCUAUGCUUUCAUAUCAUGUCACGAACGUAUUGGCCACCCUUAUUCGUGAUAUGAAAACACCAAGUGCAUUACCCAAAGUCGCCACUAUCUCUUAUCUGUGCAUUUUCGUGAUAUAUGGCGGAAUUGCAGGUUGUGGAUAUUUUGGUUACGGCAAUACGCUGGUAGACGUUCCCAUUAUCGAUCGUAUUGCUCCUCCCACAGGCGGUCUUGAUGCUUGGGGUUAUAUAUGUGUUAUCUCACUUAUCUGUCUCUGCUUCCCACACUACAUCGUACUAUUAUUCCCUAUUGCGGCUUCGUUGGAGUAUCAGUUACUCCCACUACCUCCGUUUAAAGUCGAUGACCCGGAGGACGCAAAAGGGACGAUACCAACAGCCAAGCGAAUCGUUGUACGCACUUUCCUAGUGGCGAUUACGCUUGUCAUUGCUAUCGUUGUGCCUAGUGUCCAGAAGCUUAUUGACCUACUCAGUGUAUUCACUAUGACAGCUAUGGCUGGUAUACUCCCCGGUGUGUUCUAUAUUAGAAUGCGUGUCCUCAACGAAGGAUCGUUCAUGACUGUAUGGAAAUCCAGCAAAGUCGAGCUGUCUAUUCUGUUCCUUAUGAUGGCUUUGAGUGUGUUGAUGAUAGUAGUAGGAGGAUACGAGUCCAUUGUCACUUUCUAGUAUUCUCUAUCUCGUUUCAAGUCCAGCAUGGUUGAUACGCUUCUUAUUGAGCGUAAUAGAUUCCUAUAUCGUUACUGUUUCUUCUAUAUUUGCUUCCCUUCGGUGUCUUGCAGUAGCCUUCACUCGGGCUGCCGCAUUUCGAAGGG